AUGGAUCCUUCGAAAUGGACAGCAGAUGCUAACAUCAGUGAAAAGGGCGUCCACGAUGGCGAGGAAGCUGCCGGUGACGCCCGACUCCCUACUCGGCAGACCCAGAUUGCCUGGGGCGACGACGAUGAGGACGAACGUAUUCGCCGUCAGAACCGUCACCGUCGUGGUGUCUCGGUCGGCAAUCGCAGCCACAGUCGUCGCCGCUCUGCCAGUCGGGAUUCCAUUCGCAGCGUCCAGAGCCGGUACAACGCUCAGAACGCGACGAUUCCUAUCGAGUUCCGAACUCUGUCGUUCCAAGUCUCGGCUUCCAAGGACGUGAGCGAGACUUUGGAGAAGAAUCAGAAACAAGCGCAGAAGAAGCACUCCAAGGUCUUGGGCCUCCCGUUCGCCCUUCCGUCCAAGAAGAAAGAAGACGUGCGUGAGAAGCCUAUCAGGACAUUCGCCAGUGCCGACGAACACACUGCCCCCAUUGACAGUCUAUACCAGCGGUUCCGGGUAUCUCCCUCACAAGGUCUGAGCCACGAUGCCGCCUCGAAGAGACUCCACGAGGAAGGCAAGAACGUGCUGCCCUCUCGAAAGCCCAACUACCUCAAACGACUGCUGGGCUACAUCUUCGGGGGCUUCUGCUCAAUCCUGUGGAUUGGUGUCAUCAUUUUCUUCAUCUGCUGGCGACCAUUAGGAGACCCUGACCCACAGCCAUACAAUCUCGGCCUGGCUAUCCUCGUGCUGAUUGUCAUCUUCUUGCAAGCUGGAUUCUCGGCCUUCCAAGAUUGGUCGACGAGUAAGACGAUGAAUGCGAUCUUGGACAUGCUUCCUUCUGACGCUACUGUCUUGCGAGAGGGCAGCUUCACCACGAUCCCCACAGCCAACGUCGUCGUCGGAGAUGUCGUUCGUGUAUCGAUCGGUGACAAAGUUCCUGCCGAUAUGCGCAUCAUGUCGAUAUCUGGAGACGUCCGCUUCGAUCGUUCAGCCAUGACAGGAGAAUCGGAGGAGAUCGAAGGCUCGCUUGAUAACACCAAUGACAACUUCCUCGAGACGAGAAACAUUGCGUUGAUGGGCACGACCGUCACCAAUGGUUCUGCCACUGGUGUGAUCGUCUUCACUGGAGCGAAGAGUGUCAUGGGCGGCAUUGCUACUGCGACGACUGAUGUUCCCGAUCAAUUGACUUCGAUUCAGAAAGAAGUCAAUCGCUUCGUCAAGAUCAUUUGCGUUUUGACGCUCUUUCUGGCACUCUUAAUCUUGCUCACCUGGGUUGGCUGGCUGCGUGUCGACCACUACCAGUUCAUCAACACCGUGGGCAUGCUGAACGAUGUCAUGGGUUGUGUGGUCGCCUUCAUCCCUGAAGGAAUGCCCGUCGCCGUUGCUCUUACACUUAUGAUGAUUGCUCGCCGUAUGAAGAAGGCUGAUGUCCUGCCGAAGAGUCUGGGUACUGUUGAGAUGCUGGGUUGUGUCGAUGUCAUUGCAUCGGACAAGACUGGCACGUUGACUUGGAACAAGAUGACGGUCAAGAGCGUUGGGUUCGUGGAUGAACUCAUGACCAGUGACGAGGCCAAAGAAGAGAUGAGCAAGAACAAGAACGUCCACGGGUCGUUGGUCGAUCUGCACAGAGCAGCGCUCCUAUGCAACGAGGCAACCUUUGAUCCUGUCUCCAUGAGCAAGCCCGUGGAAGAGCGCCUCACCCAUGGCAACCCGACGGACGGUGCGAUCCUUCGAUUCGCAGAGUCGGCAGAGUCUGCCUUGACAACUCUUCAGUCGGCAUUGCCACGGGCCGCCCAUAUCCCGUUCAACUCCAAGAACAAGUUCAUGAUGACCCUCCACAAUGACCAGAAGGAUGCCGAGAAGCACGAUGGGUCAUAUCUGGCCUUGGUCAAGGGUGCCCCAGAUAUCUUGCUCCCUCGUUGCAUCAACUACCUCUCUUACAAGACUGGCCAAGUCUGCACUCUUGAUGCCGAAGCCAAACAAUCGUUCUCGACCCUGCAGGCCAAGCUUGCCCGCAAUGCUGAGCGAGUGCUCAUGCUCUGCCAAAGACGAUACUCACCCAUUGCUCAACUCGAUUCCACCGCGCUGGAAGAGGAGAUGCUAGACAAAUGUCUCGCCGAUCUGACCAUCAUUGGCGUGGUCGGUAUCUUCGACCCUCCCAGGCCAGAGAUCCCAGCCACUGUCGCUUCCUGUCGACGAGCCGGCAUUCGCUUCUUCAUGAUGACUGGAGACUUCGGCUUGACCGCCGCAGCUGUCGCUCGACAAGUUGGCAUCUUCACCGGCGAACGUGAUCCCGAUACGUUCGAGACGGUGACGAGCAGACGAAGGAGUAGCUCGUCCAUCGGCAAGGAAGUCACAGCAAUCGACGUGAAGGACACAUCGUACAGCAACGAGCGCUUGCUGCUCGAAGGCUCGCAGAUCAGCGCUCUUCAGGACGAAGACUGGGAUCUCGCUUGCACGUACACGGAGAUUGUGUUUGCUCGCUGCAGUCCCGAGCAGAAGCUGCUGAUCAUCGACAACUUUAAGAAGCGUGGCAGCACCACUGCCGUCACUGGUGAUGGUGUCAACGAUGCCCCAGCCCUCAAAGCCGCAGAUGUCGGCGUGGCCAUGGCGAACGGAAGUGAUGUUGCUCUUGAAGCCGCUGAUCUCGUGCUACUGGGCCAAUUCGACUCCAUCAUAACCGGCAUCCGCCUCGGCCGCCUCGUCUUCCAAAACCUGCAGAAAGUCAUCUCCUAUCUCCUCCCCGCAGGCUCCUGGUCCGAGAUCUGGCCCGUCCUCCUCAACGUCUUCUUCGGCGUGCCCCUUCCCCUCUCCUCCUUCCUCAUGAUCAUCAUCUGCGUCUUCACGGAUCUGUUCCUCUCCCUGAGCUUGAUCAUGGAGAAAGAAGAGUUCGACCUCCUCGACCAGCCGCCGAGGAACGUCAAGAAGGACCAUUUGAUCAAUCUGAAGAUUUACGCGCAGUCGUACCUCUUCAUCGGUGUCAUGGAGACGCUCUGUGCGCAUUCGAUGUACUUUUUGUAUUACUGGCGGCACGCUCGCAUCCCCGUUGGAGAUCUCUGGUUCGUCUUUGAGGGCUAUUCAGCUGGUUUCCAUGGCUAUACGCAGGACGAACUCACGCAUUUCAAUACCGUUGGACAAAGUGUCUACUUCGUCACGCUGGUUAUUCUCCAGCUGGGAAACAUCCUUUCGAUUCGCAACAAACGACUGUCCAUCCUCCAGGCGGACCCUAUCAGGAAGGAGCGUCGUAAUCCUUGGUUGUUGCUGAGCGCGGUGAUUUCGAUCUCCAUCGCUGUCUUUGUCACUGAGGAGCCUGGUAUCCAAAGCUUGUUCGGGACUGGAAGUGUUCCUAUCGAGUUCUGGUUCGUUCCUGUACCGCUGGCUUUGGGCAUUCUGUGUAUGGAUGAGAUCAGGAAGGUGAUUGUGAGGACGUGGCCCAAGGGGCCCAUUGCGAGGAUCGCGUGGUAG